AUGAUCCAGAAAGGAUUCUGGCGGACAGUCCCUGGACCUAAACUGCUCAAGUUGAUUACUGCAGUCUCUGCCAUUGCCAUUUCAUAUGAGGGUAUGAGCCAGGGUGUCAUGGGCGCUGUCAAUGUCGCCCCAGAAUAUGGACACCGCAUGGGCUUCGCCGAUGAGCAUGGUAAAGUCAUCAAGCCCUCUCUGCAGGGUGGCAUCGCUGCCAUGUACUAUUUCGGCGCUCUUCUCGGGGCCUUCUGGGCCGGCAGUUUCUCCGAUGCCUACGGACGUAUCAAAGGGAUCUGGAUGGCCUGUCUCUGGUGUCUUGUCGGAGUUAUUCUUCAGGCAAGUGCCAUGAAUCUCACUCACAUGCUCUGUGCCCGGGUCGUUGCAGGUGUCGGCGUCUCCUUCAUCAUCGUUAUUGCUCCCUCGUGGACUGCAGAGCUGGCUCCAGCGAGCCAUCGCGGUCAAAUGAUCGCCCUGACUUUCCUCGCCAACUUUGGAGGCAUUGCCUUGUCUUCCUGGAUUGGCUUUGCCAGCUCUUUCACCGACUACGCCGGUGGCACAUUUCGAUGGCGCUUCUGCUUUGCAUGCCAAGUGAUCCCAGUCUUCUUCCUCGUCAUCGGUACCCUGCUCAUUCCUGAAUCGCCUCGAUGGCUCAUCAAGGACGGACGCAACGAAGAGGCAUUCGAGAUCAUCACCAAACUUCGUGGAGACGGCGACCGCGACCACCCGGAUGUGCAGAAAGAAAUUCGCGAAAUCGUCGCUGUCGUGCAGAUGGAACACGAGACGCAAAGCUCCAGCUAUUUCAAAAUGUUCUUGGGCAUUGGUUCGGGGGAUAUUCACAUUUGCCGUCGUAUUCAGUUGGCCUUUUGGCUCCAGGUAAUGAUGCAGUACGGUACAGGUAUCGCGGCGGUCGUCAUCUACUCGGGUAACAUCUAUCGCACUGCUGGCUUUGAUGAUUUCAAAUCAAACUGGUUGUCUGCCCUGUGCAUGACCUGCGGUAUCCUGGGAACUGGUGUCGCUGCCUUGGUGUUGGACCGAGUGGGUCGUCGCCGGACCCUCUACUGGGGAGCGGUCGCUUUGGGUAUAAUUCUUUUUGCUCUUGGUGGCCUGAACCGCGGAGCCGUCAAUAACCCCGAUAAGGCUGAACAGUACGGAACCGGAGCCGCUGCCAUGGUCUUCCUUUACGUGGUUGUCUUCAGCUCUUCGUGGUUGAUGAUUCCUUUCAUUUAUCCAACCGAAAUUUUCCCGACAUGGCUGCGCGCUAAGGGUAACGCUUUUGGUGUUGCGGGUUGGGCAGUCGGCUACGGCGCUGGAUCGCUGCUGGUCCCAGUUAUGUUUGCGGGUAUCCAAGAGAAGACAUUUUACGUAUUCGGUGCCGCCAUGUUCUUUUACAUCCCUCUCAUUUACUGUUUCUUCCCCGAGACUGCUGGCCGCACACUCGAGCAGAUCGACUUCCUGUUCGCCAGCAAGAGCCCUUUCGUGUGGGAUGAGGAGAAGGAGUUUGCGAAGCGAAUGACUCGUUUCAAUGCUGAAAUCCAAAAGAUGGAGGUUGAGAAUGGUGAAUAUGCAAGCGAGGAGAAGAGAUGCGAGGAGUUUGUAGAGAAGGUCUGA